GGGGCGGGCCAGCCAGCCUGUCAGCUUCCCGUCUCUCUCUCUUUCUCUCUCUCUGUCUCUCUCUCUCUCUCUCGCACCACGCCCGAGGCCAGAAGCGCAUCUCUCUCCGUUCCAGCUCGGGCGCGUCUCCUCCGGGAGCCAGGAGGAGAAGUCUUCGCCGUGCUCCCGCUCCAGACAUGAGCCCCCAACGCGGGGAGAAACGAGCGAGAGGUCGGCGGCGAGGCCAGCUGUUGGCGCCCCCGCGGCUUUUGCUCCUCAACUUCUUCACCUGACGCCCCGGGACUGCGGAGGACGAACUCUUUCACUGAGCCAACUGGAAAGGUCCCCUCCUCACGCUCCGCCUGUUACGCUUCUUGUCCCGCAGUUGCUGAAUUCUCGCCGCUGCCCAGCGCGCUUUUGAAUCAGUAGAGAAAUGUGUAAGAACUGAAGUUUAUUUGGGGCUGGAAUAGGACAUGAAGAAUAAAAGGAGUUGGGAGAUCACCAGAUCAGGAUGAAACAGAGGUUGAACAUUUUUCCAAACCUACUUCUAGUUGUGCUCUGUGACUAUGUUCUCGGAGCAAUCAAACUUCUGUUGGAGCAACAGACUCAUAUAGCUUUAAGCAAUGUUACAGUAUCUGUUAGUUUUCAGAAUUAUAAUGCUAAUGACACACUGAAAAACAUUUCUGUUCUACUCAUGGAAGCCAGCACCAACCAAAUUGUUGCCAAAAAACAGCUUCCAGAAGACCAGCAUCAAGGUGUGGUUGGUUUUGAGUGUUCUCAUUUUACAAACGCUGGGAGUUACUGGUUCAAGCUGGAUUCUGAAAACAUCAGAGGACUUAAUUCCCAAGAGAAUAGAGAAAGUCUUUUACUCAAGGUGAAAUGGCCUAUAUUUAACUUUGAUUUGAGGAGGAUUCCAGAUGGUCAUGGGAAUUCCUUUCAACUUGGACUGUUUACUAAUGAAGAUUUAUGUCCCAUAAAUGCAACAGUGAUUUCUCUGGAUGUAAUUCUAACCAGUGACCUAUACGAACUAGGGACAUUGAUCUCAAAUGAGACACUGGGCCUAAGAACAAGGAAAAGCCUUUCUCUCUAUGAGUUGCAAUCAGUGAAAUUGGACUGCCAUGUGAUUAGCCCAAAAGCCUACAUGACUACAUUACUGAAAUCAGCAGAGACAGGCUCAAUCAUUGCUUCAUCAGGACCUAUAGAUCUUGCGGGCAAAUUUGGAUACAAGCUUGUUAUAUCAGAAGAAGUGUUUUGUGAGUCUUUGGUUGUGGCUUCUGUUGUUUUUCCUCCGUGCACAUCUUCUGCUGGACGCAUUGCUGUAUUUAAAUAUAACCCUUUGGAUCAAAUGGUGUCAAAGCUAUAUGAAAGCAUCUUGAAUCCAGAGGACCAUCAGAUAGAACUCAGUUGCACAUUGUUUGACAGUGGCACAAACAAAUACUGUUUUGAAUUUAGCUCUUCCAACCAAGUGAAUUCCACACCAUGGGCAAAAGAAUGUGUACGAAUCCAGAGGAAUGUUGGAGGAUCCUGGAGCACCUGGCAAGCCUGGAGUUCGUGUAGUGCCACUUGUGGAGGUGGCAUUCGUGAGCGUUAUCGGGAAUGCCUCAUGUCUUCCACCGUCCACAUGAUGCACGGUUGCUCGGGAAGGCAACAAGAAACUUCUCCAUGUUCUUUGGAGGAAUGCCCCAUCACUACAACUGGCCUCCUCAAACCAUUAUCUCCUGAAAGAGCUGCCAAUAAUUUAAUAACUAUCACUGGGAUAUCGUUAUGCUUAUCUAUAAUCUUUGCAACCAUCCUUGUCACCUUAUGGAGGAAGCUUUGCAGAACCCAGAAGUGCAGCAGUCCAGUUAACUGUGACUCCACUCAUUCACCUGGCUUCCGAAAAAAUUCCGACGAAGAGGAUAUUUGCCCAGACAGACCUCAACAAGAAAGCUUUUCUGAGGGAGAAGCCUCUUGUUUUUCCCCAGGAGAAGCUUCUGACAUAACCUUGAAUUUCAGGAGAAGCCUUCAUUUGGUCCCCGAAGAUGGAGGAGGAUUAGUUCAUGAGAGUUUGCAGUCCAGUGCCCAUAAAAUCAUCCCUCCCAUUUAUAGCUAUCGCCUCGCCCAGCAGCAGUUGAAAGAAAUGAAGAAAAAGGGACUUACAGAAACAACCAAAGUUUAUCAUGUGGCUCAGAACCCUCUCAUGGACACGGUGAAAACAGAAAACCAAGAGGUAGCUGCUGCAAGUAAGUUUAGAAUAAAAUCUCCAUUUCCAGAACAGCCACCUGAUUAUCUAAGGUUAUCAGGGGACAGACCCUGUUCUAGGAUGGAUUGCACAUUAUUGCAGGCCAAUUCUGUGUUGAGCCCCAAUCAUUCCUUAGUGGGAAGAAACCAUCCCAGAUAUUGUGAUAACAAAGGAGAGUCAACAGAAAGAGGAUACCCAAAAAGUUCACAGUUCAGAAGAACAGCAAGUUUCCACGAAACUAGAAGAGCAAAACCAUUUCGGAAAAGAAGCAUGUCUACCCUUACACAAAGUCAGACUUCAUUCAACCACUGCAGGGCCAAACUCUGGAAUCAUGUUAUGGAAAAACAACAUUGUGUUAAAUCUAAAAAUACAGCACAGAACACUAUGGAACUUGAAUUGUAUCACAGCGUUCCUUUAACCACAGAGUCAUUGAGCUGGGGGGGACCUCUUCCUCAGAAACAGAAACUUCCAGAGAAGAAGCCAGAUCUGGUUCACAAUCGUCCACUGGGAUCUUUUGUAUCUUGUGCUGAUAAAUCAGAACAUAGGAGAACCAGAAGUGGACAUGUUUUAAAUCCUGCAGGCGCUUGGAGGAAGGAGUCUACUUUCCUAACUCUCAAGGAUGGUCACCAGAAAUUGGAGACUCUGAGUCCCUCACAGUAUAGAAAGAGCAAAUGUCAAAGCUUUCCAUCGGAUACUGGAUGCCACUUCUAUGACAACACUUCCUUUGGUUUGAUUGACUUAGAACAACAAAUGUUUGACCUGCCUGGAUAUUUUGAGUUAAAUGAAGGUGAAACAAGUACUUUAACUGCUGAAAAUUUGGUGAUCUGAACUUCUCGUAGGCAAAUGGGAAGCUGCGGCGUUAGCAACUGCAGAAGCUCUUAAACUUUCAAAAUGUACUUUAACAGAAAACUCCUUAAGAAGGGAAGGAGGCCUAAUUAUCAUUCCAUUGAAGCAGGCCAAAUACUUGGAAAAAGUAAAUGAUACCCUAAGACAAAAAUAAUGACUAAAUGUGUACUUGUGUAGAAUCUCUCUCUAAACUGUCUCAGAAAUAGAUGCUUUUAAGGCCAAAGUUAGCCUGUAUGCUUACAUAUUCAGUUUAUAGUAUUGGACAUUGAUAUUGGAGCAUAUAACACAUUGUAAAUUGGUUACCCUUACUAUCCUCAGAAUUCCUUGUCAGUGGCUGCUAAGUGACUGUGAAAAUGUCUAUGACAUUCUACACCAUGGCAUUCACUGGCCUAUAAAAUCAGACUUGGAGGUCUGCAUUUGGUAUUAAUUAAGAGGUUAGUGUGGUUACAGGCACAGCUGGAAUGUAGCCGGUCUAUUCAUUUGUAUUGGACGAGCACUGGAUGCUUCUUUAACCACUGUUUGCAUCACAGCAACUCCAAUUACAAAGUUGCCAAGCCUGUUAGAUGUCCUCUCCUACGUCUCUUGUUUAGUUGCAAAGCAAUAUUCUGCUUCAGAAGAAUCCACUUUAAAAAAGAUUAUCCUCCUUACAAGGAAACGUAUCCUUGUCAACCUCCUUUGCAAACUGCAAUAAAUUUCAGUUGAAAUUUAUUGAAGCAGUUUGGCUUUGGUUUAUUCCCACUGGCAUAUAGUUAUAGAAAGUGUUUCUUUCAGAAAAUGCAAGUGAAAAAAAAUACAAUGUGAAACAAGAAAUGUUAUUAGUGUUUUGUAACAGACAAAUUCUAGACAUUGAUCAACAAUGAGCUAAUGUUUAUUUUUAUGCUGUUUGAAAGACAAUGAUAUAAUAAUUAUGAUUACAUAUUUUUGCAAUUGCUGCUGCUUUAAUUGCAUUAAAUGUGGCUGAUGUCAAUGUCCUUAAUAAUUUCUCACACAUUAGGAAUUAAUAUAAUUGUUCACAUUUUACCAGAAGACUGAGAGAACAUCCAUCCCAAAGCUAUGCUUAGCCCAUCACGGAGUCGUAAGAUUUGAAACAUUAUAAAUUGAAAAGUUACAGCUUUAAACACAUGGUGCUUAUUCAAAAUAAUUAAAAAAAAACCUUUUGUGAAAAAUGCACAUCUAUCUUCAUACAUAAUUAGGCAGCUGUCAAGAUUCACUUUUCUUUCCUUUUUUUUUCCAAU